GGGGCAUUUUUAGGGGUUCUCAUUUUGUGGGGACGCUUUGCUGGUUCGUUGUUUCGGCGACCGCCUUAAUUAAAAAAAAUGCGACUUUAUUUCUGCCUUUGUAACAUCAAUCGGCAGCCAAGACAAGAGGGAAAAAAUUAAAUAAUAAUAAUAAUAGGAGGAAAAAGAUUUUUUUUAUUUAUUUACUUUCUUUCUUGCAUAAGAAUUUGGCUUCUGGAAACUGUGACAAUACACUACUGCCGCUGCGUCUAUCCUGUUUCGCUCCUUUUCUUCUUCCCCUGCCUGCCAUAUCCUGUUUCUCUUCUUCUUCUUCCCAUUGCGCCAUUAUUGUUGCAGCCUUUUCGUUGCGGCCGCCUUCUUCUUGCUUGAGGUUCUCUUUCUUCCUCCUUUUCAUUUGGAUUCCCUGUUCUGUUUGUUGCUGAUGUUGAUUGUACCCUUUUUCAGCUGGUGUUACUUAGUUUCCUCUGUAAUUUUCUCAUUUGGGUUGUGUUCAUUUCCUCUACUUCUCACUCAGGGCUUGUGGAUCGUAGCUGCUACAACUGGUCAUUAAGCAAUCGAAGAUAUUCCCGCCUUCGUUCAUGGUUUGUAUUACUUCCCCUUUUCAUUUCUGAUCUUGGGUUCUGUUUUCGUCUCAGUCCUGUAUAGGGUUUGAGUUUGUUUCUUUCAUUGUUUGUGGGAUGUAGUGUAGUGUUGAAAUUUGACUGUGGCGGUUUUUGAUGUUUUUUUGUUCUUGUUGCAGGUGAGUCCAAUCGACCACCAAAUGGCCGGCGGCGGCGGCGGCCACAAGGACCUAGGGCCGGCGUGGUUGAAACCAAUGCUGAGAGCGAGCUACUUCCACCCCUGCCCUUUCCAUGGCGAUUCCAACAAGAGCGAGUGCAACAUGUUCUGUUUGGACUGUACCGGGAGUGCUCUCUGCUCUUAUUGUUUGAUCAAUCACAGAGACCACCGUAUUGUUCAGAUUCGGCGAUCUUCGUACCAUAACGUGGUGAGAGUGAACGAGAUACAGAAGUACAUAGACAUUGCCUGCGUCCAGACCUACAUUAUCAACAGUGCGAAGAUUGUGUUCUUGAACGAGAGGCCGCAGCCUAGGCCAGGAAAAGGGGUUACCAACACUUGCGAGAUAUGUUGCAGGAGCCUCCUCGAUUCCUUCCGGUUCUGCUCUCUCGGCUGCAAGCUGGGAGCCAUGAAGCGAGGAGAUGGAACCCUCACAUUCUCGCUUCUGAAUAAGCACAACAACAGAGAUCACUUCCUCGGAGGGUUCGACUCUGAUGACUACGAUGACGAUGAAUCAUCCACUCCCAAGAAGAUUCGGAGGACGAAUUUCUUCAAUCGCAUGAUGGACAGGCUAUCCAUCCACUCUUUCAACAGCGGCGAUGGAAGAGACAGCUCAGGUGAUGAAGCUGCAACCAACAUUUCCCCGUCGACUCCCCCCAUCUUCAAUCAUCGCAAUGCCAGGAGGAGGAAGGGCAUACCUCAUCGCGCCCCAUUUUGACAGCAUUCCUCCAAUAUGAUUGGAAGAUAAAACCACAGGGAGGAGGGUUGUUUCCAUGCAGCACUUGGUAGGAGUGUGUAGUGAAGCAGUAACCUUAUACACAGAUAAAUACAUAUUUAUACAUACGGUAGGAGUUGGUUGGUAUAGUUUGCUUUCUGGGUUGUAUAUAAUAUAUUCAGCUAGCAAGGGUAGUAGUGAUGAUGCUCUGAUAAUUAUGAGCUGGUGGUCAGUCUUGUUAUAUGCAGUCUCUUUUCCCUUUUGUGAUACAAGUUACUAGGGUAUUGUAGGAAUGAUGGGUAGUAAGUAACCCAGUACUGAGAACUGUAUAUAUGUAUAAUGCAGGUAUAGAUGUUUGGUUGAUGUGUAUACCAAUACAGGCAGCUUUGUGUAGAAGCUUAUGGGAUACUUCUCUGUACAUGUACACUUGUGUAACAAGUAACACCAGGUAGUCUUUGUACAGGAAAGCAGUGAAUGAUAUUUCACAGCUUGGUUAGGUGUCAUUGUCUUAUUGGGUAUCGAUGGAUUAGGUUAGAAUGUGAUGUUGCUAUGGUAUUAAUGAUGUUUGUGGUGCGUUUAAGACAUGGAAUUAGGAGGACUAAUUGUGGUUUUCUUUUGAGGUUGUGCUAGAAAUGGUUGCUGUUUGUUGAUCCUGUACUGGUCAGGUCAUACUGGUCAGGACUUAUUAUGAUCUAUUGCUAUCUGUAGUGCCAAUGAAUGCUGCUGUUAACUAUGCAUACUCGUUAUCCGACCCUUGACCUCGAUCCGGGUUGGUUUUGUUGUGGCCUUUGGUUUGAGGUUCGUUGAGAAUUUUGACGAUCAAGUAUAAAUGCGUCGAGAGUUACCACGAUGAGAUUAGGUGAUAUUAGGUAUUAGCUUACUAUCGUCUGUGGCCUCUUCUCCCUCCCAAGCCUUUGUCUUCGUCGAAGUCCUAUUAUUGACAGCUUUUUUCGACAUUAUUCCAUUCCAUGGUGGAUAAGGAUUGGAGAGGAAGCGUGGGGGCUGCAAAUUCCUGGGGGGGAAAAAGUGAGUGAUUGAGAACUAAGAAAACAACCCUUCUUCCCUACUUCAGAUUAACACCUUGUAAUGCAGAUAAAAUCGCAUCAUGAAU